UCUGAUUUGUUGAAUUCCCCCUCAGAUGUUUCUGUUUCACAAUGUGACCAUCACGGUGCCAGCCAAUUUCACUCAGUGCACCACCCGCGGGAGCUUUGUGAAACACUGGCAGGAGACCAUUUACAAUAUGUUCACUUUCAUUUGCCUCUUCCUGAUACCUCUGGCCAUCAUGAUCUGCUGCUACACAAGGAUCUUGGUGGAGAUCUCCCGAAGGAUGUCCAAAGGAAACAUCUCUUCAAAGGAAAUCCACUUACGGCGUUCCAACAGCAACAUCCCAAAGGCCCGUAUGAGGACUUUGAAAAUGAGCAUCGCCAUUGUGACGUCUUUCAUAGUUUGUUGGACACCGUACUACUUGCUGGGUCUCUGGUACUGGUUCCUUCCUGAUGAUUUAGAAGAGACCGUUUCUCACUCACUGACUCACAUGCUGUUUAUUUUUGGACUUUUUAAUGCCAUUCUGGAUCCCAUCACUUAUGGCCUCUUCACCAUCCAUUUCCGCAAAGGACUGAAGCGUUACUGUCGCAACGCGGCUGUGCUUGCAGAGUCAGAAAAUAACUCCAUCGUGACGGGCUCAUUGAAAUGCUCACCAUCUCCGUUUCACAUGAAAAGAGUGACCCAGACGAGUCCAGGAGCUAACCCAGAGCAGAAUAUGGUGAGUGGGGAAGAUAAGAAGCCAGCUGACCGUAAAAACAAGGAAUAGUGGCAACCCUACCAAUUCAGCCUUGAAAGUUUGUCAUUUGAUUAGAGAUACGGAUGUGACAAGGCAGGUCUUGUGCUGGCUGUCUAGCUGCUCACAAGAACAAUGGGACAACAACACACACUGCCUGCUCUCCUCAACAGGAUGCGUCACAUCUUUUGAUUCAUUCACUGAUGAGCUGCGUAAAUUACUCAAGUUAUAUUUAAUACCCAUUUAUUUUCCUGAUUCAGGUGAUUACAUUUUGUAAUCAUUUUUUCCCUUUGCUUAAUAUGCCAAUCAUGUUUGUUUUUUUUUUCUGCAGAUUAAUUAGAACGUUGCGACUUGUGGCUUUUGUUGAAAAUGUCAUUUACAUCAAGGGUUUUUAUCUCGUACAAAUUCAUAUUUCAGCAUCUCCACCUGCCAUCACAAAGGGCAUCGCUCUUGAAUGGCUUGUUUGUGAGGAAAUUACUUUCAUCUACAAACAAAUAAGAUGUGUGAAUUUAGCGUUUUGAGAUAUUACAUGCAUAAUAAUGAACAUUGGUUCUUGAUUAGGUUCCUGGUGUUAAUUGGAAAUGUUCAAUAGUACCACUUCAGGAAUCCUAAACCAGCCUCUUAAUAUCGGUUAAUGUGUAGACUUUAAUGGUAUCGGUUAAUGUGUAGACUUUUUAUUCAAUAGAUUCAGAAUCACAGCCUCAAGAGGUCCAGCAUUUGAAGUCUGUGAUAUUAUUACAGGGCAGCCUGAUCUCAUAAGAAUCUAUAUUUCAAAUGUGGCCAGGGCACCAAUUGCAUAGUCCUGAAUGUGGCGUUUACGUGCUCGCAUAUAGGCUGUUAUGUGCAAAAAUUGAAUGUUUUGACAGCAUCUAAAAUCUAAAAGUAAUUAUUCAUCUUUCUGAAUCACUGUAAAAAAUAAUCCU